AAAAUUGAGAAGACGAUGAUGAUGGAGAUGAUGACGGAGAGAGAUGACGGUAGUGGCCUGAAAACAACGCCGUUACAAGUCUCUGUUGAAGAUGUUAAAUCUGUCUUAGGCCAAAGAGGUCCUGAUAGUGUUGGAGAAAAGACUAUUCAUCUUCGACCAAAUGUAUCAACUUGUGGUCAAGAUUCUGUGACUCUCUCUGUUUCUGAGGCUAGUGAAGGAACUUAUAAGCUUGAGGAGACUACUUCUUUGGGUGAAUUGCAUUUUAUUGGUUCUACAUUACAGCUUAGAGGAACUAGUCCUAUAAGGCAGCCAUUGGUGGAUUUUUCUGGGAACAUUCUUGCUUACAAUGGCGAAGUAUUUGGCGGAAUUGAACUCAACAGCUAUGAUAAUGAUACUGAAGUGCUUUUGAAGUCUUUAGAGAAAGCAAAAGCUUUAGUUCCAGAUGUUCUUUCGAUGAUUAAAGGCCCCUGGGCCAUUAUAUAUUGGCAGGAAACCUCAAGAACGCUAUGGUUUGGUAAAGAUGCUUUUGGUCGGAGGAGCCUCCUUGUUCACUGGCCGACGGUGGAAGACCCUCGUUUUCUUCUAUCGUCUGUUUCACCAGCUUCUUCAGUUGCUCAAGGAUUGGAUACUGAAAAUGGUAAUAGCAUUCAUAGAUUUUGGGAAGAGCUUCCAUGUGGCGUGUACAGCAUUUCUUUUGGGGUUUCAGAAUUAUGUAUUCGUGGUGAAGUCAGAAAACACGAGUGGAGAAAUACCAUCUGGAAAGAAUUGAUUGAAUGGGAAAGGAAAUUAGUUGUACCUAGACCUGAAGAUCUAUCUACGUCAUCACAUAGUGGAAUUCAGGAAGACAAAUCUGUUUCAACUUCUUUAGGAUUUGCGCAGACAGUUUUGGUCGUGUUAAAGGAAUCAGUGAGGCGGCGAACUUCGCUUCAUAGCAUUUAUCAGGGAGAAAAAGAAGCUGUCCCAGUAGCUGUUCUUUUCUCUGGUGGAUUGGAUUCGAUGAUUCUUGCUGCGCUGUUGGAUCAGUGCCUUGAUUCAAAAUAUGAAGUUGAUCUCCUUAAUGUCAGUUUUGACGGUCCUAAUGCUCCUGAUAGGAUCUCCGCCCGGGCUGGAAUAAAGGAACUUAAAAAGAUUGCACCUUUGAGAAGGUGGAAACUUGUUGAGAUUGAUGCUGAUCUGUCAAAACUAACCUUUGAGACAGAACGUGUUAUGUCACUCAUAAAUCCUGCAGACACUUACAUGGACCUUAACAUAGGAACAGCACUAUGGUUAGCUGCUCGCGGUGAUGGUUGGAUUCACGAAGAUAAUGAAAAUCCAAAUGUAGAAGAAGAUAAACAGCGGGUCAAAUAUAAGUCUGAUGCUAGAAUUCUGCUUGUUGGCGCUGGUGCUGAUGAGCAAUGUGCUGGUUAUGGUAGGCACAGAACAAAAUAUCGAAACGGAAGUUGGGUUGCAUUGGAUCAAGAAAUGAAAUUGGAUAUGCAGAGAAUUUGGAAAAGAAAUUUGGGUCGAGAUGAUCGAUGCAUUGCAGAUAAUGGUAAAGAGGGGCGAUUCCCGUUCUUAGAUGAAGAUGUGAUAAAGACUCUCCUUGACAUUCCAUUGUGGGAAAUCGCUGAUCUUGAGCAACCAAGUGGAAAGGGAGACAAGAAGAUUCUUAGACAGGUUGCAAAGUUGCUUGGUUUACAUGAAGUUGCAAAGAUGCCUAAGAGAGCAAUUCAGUUUGGAUCGAGAAUCGCUCGUGAAUCAAACCGGAAGAAUUUUGGAAGUAACCGUGCCGCAAACCAGGCUUCUGCCGGGAGCGCGCAUAAACCCCUGCAAAGCCCACAACUUGUUAAUCCCAAAGUUUGGUCCUUUUUGAUGGAAACGGAAAGCAGUGUCUGCGACAACAUCGUCGGCGAUGAGAAAUGGCGAGCGGAAGCUGAAAUUGGUGGCAACGAGAGAGCUCUGCAAGCGCUUCGAGAACUCAUUAUCUUCCCUUUUCGUUACCCUCUCGAAGCUCGAACUCUUGGUCUCAAAUGGCCUAGAGGAUUGCUUCUAUAUGGUCCUCCUGGAACCGGCAAGACAAGCUUGGUCCGUGCUGUUGUCCAAGAAUGUGAUGCACAUUUGAUUGUUUUAAGCCCUCAUUCUGUACAUAGAGCACAUGCUGGAGAAAGCGAGAAAGUCUUAAGGGAAGCUUUCGCAGAGGCUUCUUCUCACGCUGCUUCAGACAAACCAUCUGUGAUUUUUAUUGAUGAAAUUGAUGUUCUUUGUCCUCGUCGUGAUGCUAGACGAGAGCAAGAUGUUCGUAUUGCUUCUCAACUCUUUACACUCAUGGACUCAAACAAGCCUUCAUCAUCUGCACCAAGAGUUGUUGUUGUAGCAUCCACAAAUAGGGUGGAUGCCAUUGACCCAGCGCUAAGAAGGGCAGGACGAUUUGAUGCUUUAGUUGAAGUGAGCACGCCAAAUGAGGAUGAUCGUUUAAAAAUCCUGCAGCUGUACACAAAGAAAGUCAAUUUAGAUUCUAGUGUCGAUCUUCAAGCCAUAGCCAUAUCUUGCAACGGUUAUGUUGGGGCAGAUUUGGAAGCUUUAUGUCGCGAAGCAACCAUAUCUGCAAGUAAAAGAUCCUCAGAUCCUCUUAUCCUAAUAUCGCAAGACUUCAAGAUUGCAAAAUCUGUGGUUGGUCCAAGUAUAAACAGAGGCAUCACAGUUGAAAUCCCUAAAGUGACAUGGGACGACGUUGGUGGUCUUAAAGACUUAAAGAAAAAGCUCCAGCAAGCUGUUGAAUGGCCAAUCAAACAUUCAGCUGCAUUUGUAAAAAUGGGGAUAUCGCCAAUGCGUGGGAUACUUCUACAUGGUCCUCCAGGUUGCUCAAAGACAACUCUUGCUAAAGCCGCUGCAAAUGCUGCUCAAGCCUCCUUCUUUUCCUUAAGCUGUGCGGAGCUAUUUUCUAUGUAUGUUGGAGAAGGUGAAGCAUUAUUGCGGAAUACAUUUCAAAGAGCUCGACUUGCUUCUCCAAGUAUAAUAUUCUUUGAUGAAGCUGAUGUUGUCGCCUGUAAAAGAGGUGAUGAGAGCUCAAGCAAUAGUUCUACAGUUGGAGAAAGGCUUCUAUCUACACUGUUAACCGAAAUGGACGGUCUUGAAGAAGCAAAGGGAAUUCUCGUCUUGGCUGCCACAAACCGCCCUUAUGCAAUUGAUGCUGCUCUAAUGCGACCUGGUCGAUUUGAUCUCGUGCUAUACGUGCCACCGCCUGAUCUAGAAGGCCGGUUUGAAAUACUGCAAGUGCAUACACGCAACAUGACACUAGGAGACGACGUCGAUCUCAGAAAAAUAGCUGAAGAAACCGAUCUCUUUACAGGUGCUGAGCUCGAGGGUCUAUGCAGAGAAAGCGGAACUGUCUCCCUUAGAGAAAACAUCGAAGCAACCGCCGUCUUCAAUCGCCAUUUCCAAACCGCAAAAAGCUCACUUAAACCCGCAUUGACAAUCGAAGAAAUUCCACUGUUGUCAGCUUUCGUUUUAUACAAUAGGUCAACUCUACGAACGAUGAUCAUCGAAAGAGCUCGAGUUCCGUUGAGGCGAUGGCAACAAGCUGCGGUGGCAAUGGGAUCUGCUAUCGGUGCGUUGGUAGAUCCUCGUAGAGCGGAUCUGAUCGCUGCUCUCGGUGAAACCACUGGUAAACCAGCUUUUGAAAUGGUUCUUGAGAAGAUGAAGAAGAGCGAAGAAGGAAGAGCUAUAUUAUUGGAGAGACCUCGUGUAGUGUCAGAGCAAGUAGGUCAUGCUUGGGAUCUACCAGACAACACAUUUGGAGCUGCAUAUGCUAAAUUCAUGGGAUCUAGAAACUUCUCUCCCGAUGAUCGUCCGCCUGUAAGAUUCAUGGAGACGGAUGAAUUGGCUUACGUAGCGACACGGGCGCGUGAAGUUCAUGACUUAUGGCACACUCUCUUUGGCCUUCCUACGAAUCUUAUCGGCGAGUCGGCUUUGAAAGUUAUAGAGUUUGAGCAAAUGUAUCUUCCGAUGUGUAUGCUUUCUGUGAUUGGAGGCACUGUGAGGUUCAACGAGAAGCAGAGAUCAAUGUUCUUGAAGCAUUACCUUCCUUGGGCUGUUAGAGCUGGAAGACAAUGCACUGACCUCAUGUGUGUGUACUAUGAGCGUCACUUUAGUGAAGAUUUAGAGCAAGGAAUUCUCGUCUUGGCUGCCACAAACCGCCUGUAUGCAAUUGAUGUUGCUCUAAUGAGGCCUGGUCGAUUUGAUCUUGAACUAUAUGUGCCACCGCCUGAUCUCGAAGCUCGGUUUGAAAUACUACAAGUGCAUACACGCUACAUGACACUAGGAGAUGACGUUGAUCUCGGAAAAAUAGCUGAAGAAACCGAGCUCUUUACUGGUGCCGAGCUCGAGGGUCUAUGCAGAGAAAGUGGAACUGUCUUGCUUAGAGAAAACAUCGCAGCAACCUCUGUUUUCAAACGCCAUUUCCUAACUUCAUAGGAUCUCUUAAACCCGCAUUAACAACGGAAGAAGUCGAAGCUUAUUCAUCAUUGA